AGAGUCCGUCCUCUUCGCCUUGCAGAGCGGAGAGCCCCAUUUCCAUCCGAGCCGGGACCGUGCGUGUGCGUGUGUGUGUGUGUGCCGGGCUGCAGCUGAACCUCUCAGCCGUCCGGAGGUCUGAGGUGGGCGGAGACUGAGCCGAAGGUCCUCACGCCGCAGCGACCCAACCAGGCAUUUCGGACUCGGCACCAGCACCCGUCCGAGGGAGGGAAACAACAUGGCAACGACUACUUGUACACGUUUUACAGAUGAAUACCAGCUGUACGAGGAGCUUGGCAAGGGGGCCUUUUCGGUGGUGCGCCGCUGUGUCAAACUCUGCACGGGCCAAGAGUACGCCGCCAAAAUCAUCAACACCAAAAAGCUGUCUGCCAGAGACCAUCAGAAACUGGAGAGAGAAGCCAGGAUCUGCAGAUUGCUCAAGCACUCCAACAUUGUUCGUCUCCAUGACAGUAUCUCAGAGGAGGGCUUCCACUAUCUCCUCUUUGACCUGGUGACAGGAGGGGAGCUAUUCGAGGACAUUGUGGCUAGAGAGUACUACAGUGAAGCAGAUGCCAGUCACUGUAUCCAUCAGAUUCUAGACAGUGUGUCUUACACCCACCAACAUGACAUAGUGCACAGGGACCUCAAGCCAGAGAACCUGUUGCUGGCCAGCAAGUGUAAGAACGCAGCCGUGAAGCUGGCUGACUUUGGACUGGCUAUUGAGGUUCAAGGAGAACAGCAGGCUUGGUUUGGCUUUGCAGGGACCCCCGGCUACUUGUCUCCAGAGGUGCUGAGGAAGGAGGCGUAUGGUAAACCUGUAGACAUCUGGGCAUGUGGUGUGAUCCUCUACAUCCUCUUGGUUGGAUACCCUCCGUUCUGGGACGAGGACCAGCACAAACUUUACCAGCAGAUCAAAGCCGGGGCGUACGAUUUUCCCUCCCCAGAGUGGGACACGGUGACCCCGGAGGCUAAAAAUCUGAUCAACCAGAUGCUGACGAUCAACCCAGCCAAGAGAAUCACUGCCCAGGAGGCACUGAAGCACCCAUGGGUCUGCCAACGCUCAACAGUGGCCUCUAUGAUGCACAGACAGGAGACAGUCGAGUGCCUGAAGAAGUUUAACGCCAGGAGGAAACUCAAGGGGGCCAUUUUGACCACCAUGCUCGUCUCCAGGAACUUCUCUGUGGGUCGGCAGACCACAGCCCCCGCCUCCGUCAGCGCUGUGGCUGGAACCACCGCCGGCCUUGUGGAGCAAGCAGCCAAGAGUCUCCUCAACAAGAAGGCUGAUGUCAAGCCCCAGACAAACAGCACGAGAAACAGCAUAGUCACCAGUCCCAAAGGCAACAGCCCCUCUGCUGCACUGGAGCCUCAGACUACUGUCAUCCAUAAUCCAGUAGAUGGGACCAAGGAAUCAUCUGACAGCAGCAACACCACUAUUGAGGAUGAGGAUGUGAAAGCUCGCAAACAGGAGAUCAUAAAGCUCACAGAGCAGCUCAUAGAAGCUGUCAACAAUGGAGACUUUGAGGCCUAUGCGAAGAUCUGUGACCCUGGUCUGACCUCGUUUGAGCCUGAAGGGCUGGGUAAUCUGGUGGAGGGAAUGGACUUCCAUAGAUUUUAUUUUGACAAUCUCCUCUCCAAGAACAGCAAACCCAUCCACACCACCAUCCUCAACCCUCACGUGCACAUGAUCGGUGACGACGCCGCCUGCAUCGCUUACAUCCGCCUGACGCAGUUUGUCGACGUGCAGGGCCGUCCACGCUCCAGCCAAUCAGAAGAGACCAGAGUAUGGCACCGCAGGGAGAGCCGGUGGCAAAACGUCCACUUCCACUGCUCAGGAGCUCCUGCUGCCCCGCUGCAGUGAUGAGGUACUGAGCGAUGAGGAGGCAGAGAUGAGUAGAAAAGGAAUAAGUGGAUAAUCUGAGAGAGCGCAUCUGCACUGAGAGAGAGGUGCGGGUGGAUGGAGGGUGGUUUAAAGGAGUCUGAAGAGUCUGAUUUUGGGAUCAUGAUCGUCUUCCUGCACUCUGCACACCCAUCUCGCUCUUCUCUCUCUGUCUCCCUACGACCUCACAGACAGUUAACACCGACGCUCCCAUCGCCAAAACUACAGCAGAGGGCAUCUCCACCCCGCCCCUCCCCAAAAAAGGAAACUCUUUAGCCAGCAGCGUGUCUUCAGGACGGCUGCGACGCUGUACCAGCCCAACAUACCUGGACAACACCUGUCCUCCUCCCUUUUAUUCUGUGCCACAAAGCCUCCAGCAUGGCACCUCCUGUUAAAGAUUUACCCUUUUACUUCUCCUCAAACAUUUAUUGUUGUUACUUCUAGUAUUAUUAUGGCUGCAGUCUGUUGUUGUGCUCUUUCAGCUGUACAGUAUAUUUAUUAGUCAUUUUAAACCUUUCAUUCUGGUCUCUUCUUCUUCUUUUUUUAUGACAAGCAUGACUCCUACCUGCGUUCCAGUGGCUGUUUUUCUGCACGACUAAGGCUGCCUGUGUGAAACAGUCCCAUGUGUCUCACAGAGAAAGAGAGAGACCAGUGGGUGUAUUUAAUUAUCCGUUUUGUUUUGUUAUUCAAUAGAGCCUUUUUUAUUUUUUAUUUUUUCCUCUUUCUCUGGAGUGUAGUUGACCCUGAACCGGCGCCUCCGUGUGUCCUCCAGACCCCUCUCAGCCGCUCUGUGAGACAGUGAAAACCCUGCAGCAUGCUAAGAUAUUACUGUCGUUCUUAAUUGAUUCUGUAUGUACUGAACUUUGCAAGUUACCUACUGAAAUUAUGACAAUGGUUGACAUUAUAGUAUCACGCUGUUAAUGUAAAUUUCAAGUUUCAUCGUGGUGAAUACAAUUACGCUGUAGAUUGGUAUUGAAUUGCAUGAUAUUCCAAGUUAAUAACAUUGGUAAGUUGGGUGUUAUCAUGCUUUUUAUUGAUUUUUCUCUUUUUGGACUGAACUGUUGGUGAGCUAUAUUCUGUUGCCUCUAUUUUCUGGGCUUUGUAAGUGCAUAAUCUACUUUUGUGUUAAUAUGAUGGUGUAGUAGAAGAGGAUACUGGUGAGGAUCAAGACGAAAAUGCCUUUUAAAGAAAUUGUUGCAUCCAGAUCAGUUUAAAAAUGGCUCUUUACUGUAUUAAAGACAGGACCCAAGAUCCUUAUUAAUCUUUUAUUUUUAAGACCAGAUUGUAGAAAAUGUCAGUCAGAAUUUAAAUCAGGGUCUUAAAUUAGAAUCUUUUCUGCUUUUUAAAGUGCAGCUUUUUACUUUUGCACUUUUAAAGAAAAUACUGUUUAAGUAUUUUAAAAAGAUUAACAAUGUCUUGGUAUCAGGGACAUGUAGCCAGGAUUUUAGCAAUACUGAACAAUUUGAUCCAGCACCAAACAUAAAUUCUCAAAAUAGUUUAAAAAACAUUUUAUUUAUUCAGUUAAUGGUUCUGUUAUAUUGUGAACAUAGAGGUCUCUGUGCAGCCUAUUUUUCAGCUCCGUGACAAUGCACCAACCUCGCCUGAAGAGGGCACCCCAUCUAAUAACAGAGAAUUAAUGUACAUCUGAGUCAGCUACAGGGUUCUUAUACAGGCCUCACAUGCCUUCAGUUACUUAAUUUCAAACAUUACAGUAUUUUAAGAUUGCUUUGGCUCCAUUUUCACAACAGAAAAUUUGAGCCCAAAAUGCUAUAAUGUCUCAAUCUGGCCUCAAAAUCUCCCAUAGCACAGAAAAUUUAAACGUUAGAACUGAACCAAUUUGUGGAUUCAUCAUGGAUCGAUGGUCAAAAAAUGAAUCUGCAACAUUUUCUAUAAUCGAUUAAUCAUUUAUGUGACUUUUCAAACAAAAAUACCAAACUCCUCUAGUCCCAGUUUCUCGAAUAUGAGGAUUAGAUACAUGUAUGUAUGUUCUAUCAUUGUAAACUGAAUAUCUUUGGGAACUUUCUGUAAAGGCAAAACUAUCAGCACAUUAAUAAUGAUAAAAUUAUUCUUUACUUGUAUCCAUAUUCUGUAUUAAAUUAGGUAAUGCAUCAUGCGUCAGGUUUAACAGAGUGUUAUAAAAUUGUAAAUGUCACUCACUUAAUUUUAAUCAUUGUUUCAUCUAAAAUAUAAUAAACUGAAACUAAGUCUUAUUAUAAAACAGAGUCAGUCAUGGCCAUUUUAUCAGGAUUUUAUACAGCCAGAAAAAACAGUGCGACUUACUCAGAAGUGAUUGUUUAAAAAUGAUCAUGGUGAAGAAUGACUUUUGAAAACUUUAUUUUUAUUUAUUGAAUAUGCUAAAUAAAGAUCACAUAGUCUGACUUUACACUGCAUUAAAUCCUACAUUUACACAAGGUAAAAUGAUAAUUGUAACUGUGUGUCAUCGCAUCUGUUUCUGUUCUGUUUCAACCACAUUUAUUAUUUCAGACAUCAUAUCAAUCUCUUCACUCAAGUUUAAUUAUGUAAAAUAGAGUAAGAUAUGGUAAUGCUGGAAAACACUGACUCAGUGAUCAGUAUGCUUAAGUCAUUAUACUGUAAACUUUAUUUAUAUAGCGCAUUUAAUUAUAAAGUGCUUUACAGGAGAAAAAAAACACAUCAAAACAAUUCAGCACUACAAUAACAGUAAACAAAAGCUGGCAAAUAAGAGCACAUAUAAUUAAAUAGAAAAUAUAUAUAAUUACAAAAUAAGCAACUAAAAUAGAUUAGAACUGGUCAAAAAAAUUAACUUUUGUCUAAUAUUAAUAAAGCUUUUUUAAAAGGCAUGUUUUGAGAAGUGAAAAAAAGAUAAUAUAAUUAUUAAAACAUAGGGUAAUAUGAGUAUAUAAGUGUUUUGCACUUUAUGUACAGACAGCAUUUUGUGUUUUAAGUAAGAAUUUAGCAAGUCAGUUUGGCUCUUUUGCACACUGAAAGUGAGCCAAAGCACUUAUAAAAUACUGCAAGCUUAAAUGACAACUGUUGUUCACAGUUGAGCAUGUGUUUUAGUCAAAUCAACAAACAUUAUCAGACAGACACUCUGCAGCUCCUGUGAGGUGUAAUUUAAUUUUACCAUUUGUACCGCUGACACUCCCAUAUAGAACAUGAAGCCAAAACCAACCGUCCUUCUUUCUGUCCAGUCCAAAUCCUGACGGCAUCAGUGCUUUAAUAGGAUUACUGCUCACUUAGAGUCAUUGUCCCAUUUGGCAACCAGUCCUUAUUCCAUUAAUUAGUAUCUGGCCUGAGUGUAAUGUUUUGGCUACAACUCAAAUUUGUUAUUUGAAUUGCUUUAUAAGAGCUUGAUUGAUGAUGAUGAUUUAUUUUCCUCAGUUCAGGUGAAUGGUCAGGAGAUGAAUGAAUAACAGUAACAGAACGCUACUGUAUAUAAAAAAUAGCUUUUCUGGUUUCUUUUUUAAAUUUAUUAUACUCAUACUAAUAAUGAUGAUGACAAUUCCUCUGGUGUGCAUUCCAAGUCUUAUCAAUAUUAAAAUGUGAUCAGAUGUAAUCAGUGUGUGAACCAAUAAAAUGACAAUGCAGAGA